ACGGCACGGAGCAUCACGUUCUGAUGUGGAACAGAUUUUUUAAGUUCCACAUCAGAACGUGUUGAGGCAUAAUCCAAGCUGAUCCAGCUUUUAUUGUGAGAACAGGAGUUUCUGAUGUGAAGUAGCACGAUAAGAAAAGUGUCUGAAUUGUGACCUAAUAACAUUGCUGUAAGAGAGCCAUUUUCAGUCUCUUCCUCAGGACCUUCUGCAUGCCAUAGCCCUACACGAUGCCUGGAGCCAAUGAGAUGAGGAUUGUGCUACUUGGGAAAACCGGACACGGGAAAAGCAGCACAGGGAACACCAUCCUGGGAGAGAGGCUGUUUGAAGCCAGGCUGUCUCCACGCCCUGUAACACAGGCAACACAGAGGGAAGUAAGGGUAGUCAAUGGGAGAAAUAUUGUUGUGGUUGAUACCCCAGGCUUCAUUGAUACUGGUAUCACAGAGGAAUCAUUAAGGCGCGCUAUAGUGACGUGCAUUACUUAUUGCGCUCCCGGCCCCCAUGCCUUCCUCAUUGUGUUAGGUGUACAUCGAUACACCCCUGAAGAAAGAGACACGAUCCGGCAGAUCAGGAGAGUGUUCGGAAGCAGGGUCUUGGAGUACGCUGUGGUGCUUUUCACACAUAAAGAUCAGCUCCAACGAGAGGGGCGCACCAUCGAGGAGUUUGUGGCAGAGGAUGACGAUCUGUCUGCGCUGGUCAAUGUGGCAUGUAGAGGCAGGUACCAUGUGUUUAACAACACAGAUAUGGGAAAUGGGGCCCAAGUCCUAGAGCUACUGAGGAAGAUAGAUGUCAUGGUGAUGCAUAAUGGAGGAGGCUGCUACACUAAUGAGAUGCUGAGAGCAGUACCACCGCUACAGAGCCCAGAGGAUAUAUGGCGCUUCAUUGAUGCGCUGCUAAUAGAAUUAGCAGGGAUGGGAACGGGGGCGCUGCUUGGAGCAUUUUAUGGGGUGCAGGUAGGUUGCAUAGCAACAGUGAUCCUUCCUGGAGCAGUCAUAGUGGGAGUUUACAGAACUGCUCAUAGCAGUAUCGUGGAAAGGGUAUCAGACCACACCGUGGAUGGUGUGUUAAGUGUAGCUGCAGCAAUGAUGGGACUUCAACCACAGACUUCUACCGAUCAGCCUGCCCCACCCCUUCCGUCUCCUGAUCAACUUGCUGCACCCCUUACUCCCGAUGACCUCCCACCAGCAGGACUGACUGGAUUAGAUGUGGUAGAGAGAGUGGCAGUGGGAAUAGGGAAAGUUGUCAUGGCAGGUGGCACAGUAGGGGGCAUAGCAGGGGGCCUUGUUGGAGCGUGUGUGGGGCAUUCCGCUGCCUUAGAUGCAGGAAGUGUGUCAGAAGCCUCAAGGAAAGCGGCUCAUGCUGUCAGUGAAGUGCAUCAGGAUGCCGUCGCUCGAGUUUUCCGCCUGGCACAUACAGUAGCCUUCGGAGAAGAGCAAAGGCAAGAGGAACAGGAAACCGCAUCCGGUACCAGUUUAAGUUAAUGAAGCUGAAUUCAGUGAACGCUGAGCAUCAAUGCUAUGUUUCCCCUCCGACUCAUCCAGAACGCAGCUGCGUGACCUGUCUACAAUCUCCCUAAAUGUAGUCAAGUUACUCCGCUCCUCCUUCAAAACCUUAGUGCUGGCAAACAGGACAGUGGAUGGGACAGCCCCCUCAUAAACCCAACAAAACCUAUGUUCUGCAAAGAUCGCUAUGCUCUGCAUUUACUGGGCAACUGACUGUCCCGUCCCGACAGGGUCAUUCCUCUCAGACACCAUCCCUGUCUGUACUGGUCCCUCAGUGCUGGAAUGAACUCCCAGUGGAGGUCAGGACAGCGGAAUCGCUGGCCAUCUUCCGUUGCAGACUAAAGACCCAUCUCUUCCACCUCCAUCGCCGCCCCCUAACACCUGCCACCUCUCGGACUGAUGUUUAUUUUAUAUGCGGUAUUGUGAUGUAUUUCGUUUCCCGCAUUCUACUGUGUUUGGCAUCUCUGUGGUCACCAGCCAAAGAUAAGUUUCAACCUGCGAACACCGGAAGAAUCAGAUGUGCCUCUGAGGCUGGUAGAGCCAUGUAGGGUGAACAGUAAACAACGAACAUGAUACCUGUUUUUUCAAGGACUCUUAUAUUCCUCUUAUUUCUGUCUUUAUUCUUGUUGUUCUGUUUUUUCCUGUUGCUGUUUUCUCCCAUCUCUGAGGUAAUAAGUGAGGAUCAUAAUUUUUUUUUCUGUUAGA